AAGCGUUUGAAGGCCAGGAACCUGAUGUACAUCAGACAGAUCCUGUAUGUCUUGGAGAAGUUUGUAACUGUGCUGGGCGGGAACAUUAAGCAAAAUCCUAAUACACAGAGCCUCUCACAGACAGGGACGGAGCUGAAGACCAUCAAUGACUUUCUCUUUCAAAGCCAGAUCGACAACAUCAACCUGUUCAAGGUAAAGGUUUUACCUUUUCACAUUAGCAUAUCCAUCUCACCCUUGCUGCCACCUGUGGGCAGAAUGCUAUGUUAGCUCUGUGGAAGGAAUUAAAAGUAAGUUCAUUCUGUCUUCAAACAGUCCAGGCAUGUCAUG